AUGAUUUUUCUCAUGGACCUCCAGAUGAUGCUGCUGGAUGUGAUUUACUUCAUCCUGCGCAACUCCGUGCGGGUCGUCCUGCGCCCGCGCACCAAGCCCAUUGACGGUGAGCUGGUGCUGAUCACCGGAGCAGGAGGUGGCCUGGGUCGUCUCUUUGCUCAGGAGUUCACCAAGCACGGUGCAGACGUGGUGCUAUGGGACAUCAACAGCAGUUCCAACGAGCAGACAGCCAAGCUGGUGCGUGAGAUGGGGGGCAAGGCGCACACCUACACGGUGGAUGUGACCAACCGGGAGGACGUGUAUCGCAAUGCAGAGCUUGUCAGAAAGGACCUGGGCCGAGACGUCACAAUGCUGGUGAACAAUGCCGGAGUGGUGGCAGGGGAGCGCAUGCUAGACUGUCCUGAUGAACUGAUGGAGAGGACCAUGAAAGUCAACUGUCAUGCCCUCUUCUGGACAGUGAAGGCUUUCCUCCCCCAGAUGAAGGCCCAGAAUCAUGGACACAUCGUGACCAUCGCCAGCGUCCUCGGUCUCUUCAGCACGGCUUGUGUCGAGGAUUACUGUGCCAGCAAGUUUGCUGCAGUGGGUUUCCAUGAGUCUCUGGCCCAUGAGCUGCUGGCUGAGGAGGUUGAAGGAGUGAAGACUACUCUCGUGUGCCCCUAUAUUGUGGACACAGGCAUGUUUGACGGCUGCAAGAUACGGGAGGAGCUGGAACUGCUGCUACCCCCUCUCGAGCCCCAGUACUGUGUUGAGCAGGCCAUGAACGCCAUCCUGAUAGACCAACCGCUGGUGUGCAUCCCUCGCCUCACCUACCUGCCUUUCCUCUCCAGAGCGUUGUUGCCAUGGGAAUCCAAUGUGGUUGUGUAUCGUUUCAUGGGGUCUGACAAGUGCAUGUACCCCUUCAUUGAUACCAUGAGGAAACAAGUGUCUAAUACCUCCAUUAAGGUUGCAUAA